AUGACUCUUUCAUUAGAAACUUCUGUUUUAUUGAAACGCUUUGGAUCAAGAGAAACUUAUGGAAAGUAUGGACUACCUCGAAUGAUCGAAGGUCCAAGGUGGAAUUUGGAUGAAGAAGUCGAAGUAUGGGCUCGUACUGGUCCAAUUAAGGUUAUUCUAAAAAGUUUGGAUAAUUCUCAUAAUAUAAGUCAAGAAUUUAUAGAUCAAGAUAAUUUAAUGUCCGAAGUGACGUUAAACUAUGAAUCAGGUGAUUUAAGGACAAUUGGAGAUCUUUAG